UAAGACUGUUUUUUUAUUAAUAAAGAAACAUUCUAUGUAUUUUGGUUUUUGAAUAAAUAAAAUGCAAAACAAGUCUGCAACGAGCAAAAGGCAAAGAAUUCUACCUCCAAUCCUGUAUACUUUAUUAUACAUGUAUAAAAUAGAAAUUAUUUACAGUAUUUUAUAGACUAAUAGGUUUAUAAUGAAAACUAUAUGAUUUUCUUUCAUUCCUUUUCAUUCUUACAAAUUUUCUUUUUAGGAAUUUGUCAAAAUGGAACAAACUUUUGCUAAUUUUCUGCAACUUUUGACCCAUGAAAAAGAGAAACUUGCAAUUCUUGAACCUGAUGUAGCCAAUGCUGAACAAAACUUAAAAGACUUAUCCAAAGAAGUUUUGAAAAAAACAGAACUAUUAGCAGAAUUAAAAGAAAAGAAUAAGAAAGCACUUUACCAGUUGGAAAAGUUGAAAACGCAAUGUGGAAUUCUUGCCAACAAAGAAUUUAUGGACUACUAUGAGGCAAUGAAACAGACAGAAUAUGAUAUUCGAACUCAAAUUACCAGACAAAAAAGCAAAUUUAGAAGUAAUCAUAAUGCUAUUUAUCAGCUAGAAGGAAAAUUUUAAUCUUAUUGUAAAUAAAUUUCAUAAAUUACAUCAAGGAAUAUCAAUUUUCUUUGUUUUAUUGAAA